AUAUUUUUAGGUGUGAAAAAUACGAAAAUGGAACGGUAAUAAUGCAUGGCAUCCAUAAAGGAACCGAAAAUGGAACAACGUUCCAGGUGGAAUGCAUUGAUUCGAAAGGUGAACAUCAUAUUGCCGAUUCUUGGUGGAUAGAUGGCCAUCGAUUCAAUAAGACAUGCUUACCAAGUGGUAGAAUUGAAAUAGUUAAUUGCAUUUCAAAAGAUGGAAUUCGAAUUCCAUUAAAUAAAGAAAUAAUCAUCGAUGGUACGAAACACAUAUGUGAAACAACAGCCGAUGGUAGAAUACGUUUUGCAUCCCUUCCACAUCAUAGUACUAUUAAUAAUUCUAAUGAAUAAAGUUAUUGAAAUAUGGAAGUAAAAAAAAAAAAUCAUUUCAAA